UUGGUAUUAUCUUCUACCUCUGUAGUAAAACGUUGGUUUAGGCUUUCCGCCUAAGCCGCGAAGAUUCGGUAACUUCCUAGCUAUUCGAGAAUAACGUCGACAAGACGAUGGCAGCAGUAUGGUGGAAGAGCACCCUCUACCCUUCGGAACAAUUUGUUGAGGCUUGUGGAGCAAUAGUAUUUGACACUUCCACCAACCUUAAACGAGUCCUCCUACAACACUACGGCCCUGAAGACGAAUGGCUGCUACCGAAAGGAAGACGAAACUGCAAUGAGUCCCGGAAAGAUGCGGCGAUACGAGAAGUUCGCGAAGAGACUGGCUACGCGAUCCAAUUACGCCCGUUAACCAUGGCUACUCGGGCACCAUCCGACUUCGAAUCAGCCGACGUCAAAGAUGUGGCACGGACCUAUGACAGUUUGACAGAGCCUUUCAUGCUCGAUGUUCGAGAUCUAGGGAAAGGAAAGGGGGUCAAGUUGGUCUGGUGGUUCAUCGCAGAUUUAGACGGUAUCGCGGGAGAGGGAGAAGUCCAGUUCAAGCCCGAAUUCGUCGAGUGUGACAAAGCCGUCGAGAAGUUGACGUUCGAGAAGGACCGUGAGGUACUUACAAGGGCGUUGGAACUUAUGGACCUCGCAGCCAAUAGUUCCGAGGAUGGCGUAGGCGUACACAAUGGGCGGGCACGUGAGCCUCUGGCCUCACGUCUGACGACUACCACUCUAGGGACUGCGGCGUAAUCUAGGCCUUAAGUAUCAGCAAUGGAUGAGCUUUUCUACGCCAUUAAUCUUGAAACUAACCAACGAAUGCCCGAGAAGAAAGUGGGGAACAAGUAGCCGUGCUUCGAUUUAAUCUAUAAAUCCGAGUCAAUAAAUGUGCUACUUUCUAGAAGAAUAGUCGGGGCCUUCCGUUAAGUUAUCUCACGUAGGACACUCAAGAGCCUCUUUCUAGCCCAAUCAUCCUUCUCGCGAGUGUUCUCACAAAACGGCCGCACCCACAUCAUGUAAGCAACAACUUGUGCCACCCACAAGUAGGCGGGGCAAGCUAGGCUAGAUUCCCAAUCUCGCGGCAACCCAGCCCAUUGGGAAGAUCUAGACGUCGCGCGACGGCCCGGGAAUUCUUCCUUAG